GUUCAGAUACCGCAGGUCAAACUAGUAUCCGCCUCCAGUUCCGGGUGAUCCCGUGUGUAGUUCUCACUGUCACCGUCAGGGGGCGACACGGUUACAGACGACCACGGGGAAUAAAAGGGUACAGACAACUUUGAGUGUGGAGAGACGGGCUAGAACAGUAUCGGGUUUUUAUUUUCUUGGAACCAAAAUUUUAUGUCCAGGGCAAAUCUGACCAUUAGAAUUUACGUAAUUACACUUUUUACCAUUUAAGGGUUCUGCGUGUGACUUAAUUUCUAAGCACGUCAUCGUCUUAAUUAUUGUCACAGAACUCCCUUAAGAAUCAUAUUGUUUUUAGGUUUCCUUUGGUAUUUAAGUAACUCAUUGGCACUAGACGGUGCAGCACAAAGCAGUAGCAAAGAGAACCUGAUAACAGUAAAUUCGGCGGACUUAAAUGUUCUCCAUUCUCUAAAAAAUACCACAUAGAAUGACCUCCAUUGCCUUUAAUCGCUUCCCUGACAGAACCCGGAAGUUGACCUUCAAACCACAGCGAUAGAAACGUGCUCAUAACUUGGGAAAAAUUGUAUAAACUAUUGAAUAAUUUUUUUGUGCUACUAUUGUUUUGGCGAGGUUAAUUUAUUUGGAGCUUUGUGUGAAAGGAUUACACCGGAAGUUAUGUUUAGGCGUCGCUGUCAAGUCCUAACGCCAGUGCUGCAGGUUGAGUUUAUAAAUUCAUACAGAAAAUAGUGUUUAUUUUGUUACCGGAAGAACUUAACAUUACUCUGAAGGGUUGAUAUUUGUUGUACGAGCGUCAGUCUGAAAUGGAAGAAGAUAAACAACCUGUUAUUAGCGACGUCCCUGAUGAGCCGCCUGAGGUCGACACCGAAAAGGCAAAGAAGUUCAAGACAAGCGCUGACGUCGCUUUUUACGGGCGGCAGAUGCAGGGUCCGAGCACGCAGCACCGAGCCCUUCUGGACACCAUGGUGCUCACGGAGAGCGGGGCGCGCUUCCAGCUGCUGGGGUCCGACAGCGAGGUCUGAGCAAAGCAUCCACAACACCAGACUCCUCCUCACUUUGUCACCUUGCAAAAACAACACUGUGAGAAUAUUAAUAGAUGAGCUCCAGCCCCUAAAAGCACGCUACAGAGUUCCAGAUGUGUUAACAGGAGAACCCCAGUGUGAACAGAUGACGCUGGCUGGACAGACUCAGGACUCCGUCACCCUUUCCUGGUGUUCGGGGCGUCACCAGGUCCGCGUGUGGCACUUCCCCUUCCGAGUGGAGAUCCUGUGUGAUGACAAAGUGGUGGUUACAUUUAACUCCAAAAACAAACUGUGGUUCGAGAAACUGGAGGAUCCACCGAGGUGAGGUCUGCAAAGCGAAAUAAAAAGUGGAGAACGUGGCAAUAGUUAACUUUUUCUUUUAAUUGUGUUUAUGGUCCAAUCUUGCGGCAGCGAGCCUCAAGAUGACGAGACCAGUUCCUUAUGGACGGAAACCUUCCACAAGUUUGUGGACAUUAAAGCAAAUGGUCCCAGCAGCAUCGGGGCAGACCUCUGUCUUCAUGGCUUCAGCCACGCGUACGGUCUCCCGGAACAUGCCGACAGCCUGCAGCUGGCGGACACCCGGGGCGGCGAGCCUUAUCGGCUGUAUAACCUGGACGUGUUCGCCUACGACGUGCCCAGUCGCCUGGGCCUGUACGGGUCCGUGCCGCUGCUGGUCGCCCACAAACCCGACAGGACUCUGGCUGUAUUUUGGCUCAACGCAUCGGAGACCUUCGUGAACUUACGUUACAGUUCGGCCGACCCGCAGGAGGAUGAGGUGCUGGCGAGGACGACGCGGCUGCAGCCUGAGACCGACGUUCACUGGCUGUCAGAGAGCGGCGUGAUCGACAGCCUGGUUCUGCUGGGGCCCAGUCCACAGGAGGUGUUCCACCAGUACGCUCAGCUGACAGGAUACCAAGCUCUGCCCCCGCUCUUUGCACUCGGGUACCACCAGUGCCGCUGGAACUACGAGGACGAGGCCGACGUGAAGGCCGUGGACGCUGGAUUCGAUCGACACCGCAUCCCUUACGACGUCAUCUGGCUGGACAUCGAGCACACGGACGGAAAGCGUUACUUCACCUGGGACCCUGUUCGCUUUCCUGAACCAGCGCAGCUGCAGAAGUACCUGGGCUGGAAGAACAGGAAGUUGGUUGUUAUAAGUGAUCCCCACAUCAAAACUGAUCCAGAGUGGUCCCUGUACCGUGAGGCCAGAGACAGAGGACACUUGGUCAAGACCAGAGACGGAGACUUGUUCAAGGGCUCAUGCUGGCCUGGUGAAUCGUGCUAUCUGGAUUUCAGCAGCCCAGACACUCGAGCGUGGUACUCCAGCUGCUUUGGUCUGGAGAAGUACAAAGGAUCGACACCACUCUUAUACUUGUGGAAUGACAUGAACGAACCCUCUGUAUUUUGUGGGCCGGAGCAGACGAUGCCAAAGGACGCGGUGCAUCAUGGGGGCUGGGAACACCGGGAAUUACACAACUUGUAUGGCUUUUACCAGCACGGGGCCACAGCCCAAGGUCUGAUCCAGCGCUCAGGUGGCAAAGAGCGUCCGUUCGUCCUGAGCCGCUCCUUCUUCGCUGGCUCGCAGAGAUUCGGAGCAGUGUGGACGGGCGACAACGUGGCUUCCUGGGAGUACCUGAAGGUCUCCAUUCCGAUGCUUCUGUCUCUAAACGUGACGGGCGUAGGCUUCUGUGGAGCGGAUGUCGGCGGGUUUUUUCGGGACCCGGACCCGGAGCUGCUGCUGCGCUGGUACCAGGCCGCCGCCCUGCAGCCGUUUUUCCGCAACCACUGUGCGCUCUGGUCGAAGCGCCGGGAGCCCUGGCUGUUUGGCGACGAGGUCACCGCUGCCAUCCGCAGGGUCAUCCGGGAGAGGUACUGCCUUCUGCCCUACUGGUACACUCUGUUCUACCAGGCUCACACCUCUGGACUGCCUCCUCUCAGACCUCUGUGGGUGGAGUUCCCCAAAGAGCAGAACACCUUCACUGUGGACAGCCAGUACAUGAUUGGGGGAGCACUGCUUGCCUCUCCUGUAACUGAACCAGGUGUUCAGGAAGUGGACGUGUUCCUGCCUGGGGUUGAUGAGGUUUGGUACGACAUCAGCUCUAAAGAGGCGUAUGAGGGAGGCAGGACCCUGACUCUCCCAGUCACUCUGAGCACAGUUCCAGUGUUCCAGCGUGCAGGUUCUGUGGUCUGCAGGUCCACAGAGAGUGGCUCCUGUACAGCCCAGCUCCAGUCGUUCCCCCUUUCAAUCACCGUGGCUCUAAACUCCCAGGGAGCCGCCGACGGGGAGUUGUACCUGGACGACGGCCAUUCCUUCGACUACCGCGACGAGUCGUCCUUCCGCCUGCGCCGGUUCAGCGUGCGGGCAGGACGUCUGCUCUGCCGUCCGGGCAGCGAGGACGGCACAUUUGACUGCGAUACGUGCGUAGAGUCACUCAUCGUCCUCGGACUGAAGAGCAAACCGUCCACGGUCACUGUGCACAUGUCAGGCACCAAAGACUCUCCUGCUAAGUUUCAGUACAUGGAGUCCAGCAGCAGCCUGACAGUGAGCGACCUGAAGCUCCGAGUGUCGCAGGACUGGGACGUACACAUGGGUUAACUACACACAGAACGUACACAGAACUCUGAUCCCCUGCUGCAACCAUCCUGAAAUCAAGCUUCUGAAAAGUGAAAAGAAAGAUAUGCACAUUCUGUCAUUAAAAUCAUAUUUGUAAGGUGUAACUGA